GCAACUCUACCGCAGUGUCGAUUCUGACGUUGCCGUGUGAAGGUGUAUGUUCGACGUUCUGCCAGGAUUCUCAAGUUCACGCGAAUAAGGAUGGAUUCUAUAGAGGGAAACAUAAAAUUGCUGCUGCAGGGCAAGGAGAUCGAGGAGUCGCAGGACUUUUGUGACUUCACGCUGCAGGACCAGAACGAGGUGACAGCAGCGAAAGGCGUCGCCGUAUCCACUCCCGAGGACUUCACGCCGGAGCUGCGGAACAAUGUGUGCUUUAUCGUGGCCGCCGUGCUGCUCAACAACGAGGGCCACGUGCUUAUGAUGCAGGAGGCCAAGAGCUCGUGUGCGGGGAAGUGGUACCUGCCGGCGGGGCGCAUGGAGGCCGGGGAGACGAUAGUGGAGGCCGCCAAGAGGGAGGUGCUGGAGGAGACGGGGCUGGAGGCGGACAUCACGACCCUUCUGAUGGUGGAGUCCGCGGCGGGUUCCUGGUUCAGAUUCGUCGUCACGGGAAACGUCUUGGGCGGCGAACUCAAGACUCCCGCCAGCGCUGACAAGGAGUCUCUUCAGGCCAAGUGGGUGGACAACCUUGCCGAGCUGAGUCUUCGGGGGAACGACAUCUACCCGCUCAUCCACCGAGUCAAGCAGUACUGGGAGAGGGACGUGGACGAGCCGUGGCACCCCAUCCUCCUGCCCGUUGACAAGCCCCACACCAAACUGCUUCUCAGACUGGUCAUAGCCAUCAGGAAGAGAGUCAAUAACCGCGUGUGUGUUCUGACGAGUGACAAGACGGCUACCCACCUCCCAGUCACCGAAAUCAACCCCGUGAGGUCCCUGCACUCCACCCUGAGGAAGUACAUGACCGAGAUAUUUGGAUCAGACUUGCCCCCUCACCGGCCCCAGGGAAUUUUGAAUGUGGAGUUGAAGACGAGCGACCCGAGUGGCACCCAUGAUGGUGUGUGCCUCUCACUACUUGUGCCCAUCCGCAAGGCACUGGAGGAGGUGCCGCUCAUCGACAAGUACUCAUGGGUGGAGCUGCCGAAGCAACUUGGAGAAGACCUGUUAAACCGCAUGGGUAAAAACAUGAUCGUACCCCUAAAUGUGAUACGAGUGUCAACACUAAUCAAUUGAGCUUGGUGGUGCCUCCCUCCUCCCAUCAUCACCCAGCUGCGGUCAGUCCCUGAGUCUGCCUCACUCCCUGUGCCUGUUAUCAUCACUCACCACAUUCCAUUGUUCACUUCCUUCAUUUUUAAUGUGUGUACACAUCUUCAUUAUUGGCAAAUCCCUUGUCAAGAAAAUGCACAUCCAUUUGUACAGUCAUCCAUAAUUCUGUUGUAGGCAAGUGAAAGUCCUUUCUCCUUCCUGUUAUUCCUGUCUUCUACAGUCCUGUCCUUUUGUCUCUGUAGACUAGAAGGCAAGUGGCAGCAGGUGAGGGCAGUUGCAGUAAAUGGUGGUGGUGCUGAUAGCCCUAGUGGGUACUGUGAGAGACAGGUUGUCACACUUAAGUUGUAUGCAUAUCUCAAUGACCCCAAUGCCUGUACAUAAUCUUUAAAGUGAAAUAUACUAGUUUUCUUUUAUAUUGACAAACUGAGUCUUAGAGGAACUCCCAUGCAAAGGCUUCUCCUUUGGGUACACUUUGAUACUUCCAGGGACCACCCCUCCUAUGUACCCCGGGGGGCUGCCAGUAAUAAGCUUUUAUGAUUUGGAACCAAAUGUAACUGACCGCCCUGCUAUCAUCUUCAAAACACACACCUUUACAUGAGCUACUACUAACACUACAUGCAAUUAACCUUUCUUUACUUUUAGUCAUUUAUAAUUUUUUUUUUUUUUUUUCUGGAGGGCUUAUGACAUACCUAACAUAAACAAAAAAAAUCCUAAUGUGUAUUUAAUUUACAGUAUAUUUGCCCAUCAUAACCUCUAAUUUGUAUAUAGUUGCUUUGAGUAUGGUCUUGCAUAAGACAUUUGCACUGAAUGACUUAUACAUUAAAGAUUGGAGCAUGUAAUUAAUUUGCUUGAUGUUUUGACAAAAGGGCAGCAAAAUAUAUGGUCAUGGUCAUGUAGACUAUCAAUUCAUUUUUCAUCAUUUACUUUCAGCUACUGGGAAUCAUUUGCAUAACUAGAACUCAGUCAGUGAGCAGAUAAGUAAGUAAAAGUGCACCAGUACCAGUAUUUUCACCACGAGCCUGUACUGUUGCUCCAUGGGUAGUGUGUGUUUACUUAGAGGUCAGUACUGAGGGACUCUGAAUGUCUUGUGACAAAGUUCAGCAAGGAGACAUAACACUCAUUAGGAUGAGUGGCAAUAACAGGUGAUGCUUCAUGAGGUAACAGCACAUGUAUGUUGCACUACUUUAAUGCAAUGUUUCAAAUUGUCUUUAUGAAAUGUAGGUGUGUAGUGUUGUAUUAUGCAUGCAUACACAAUUAGAAUUGCAAAUGUUUAACACAGCUUGAUUGGAUUCUAAAGUCAGAUGAGUUAAAAUUUGGUAAAAUCUCAAUCAUUGUGAAAAUGUGAAAAAUUUUCAUUUUUAUCCUGAGGCAGAAUGUGUGUGCCUUAUCAGACUUGACACUUGUUGAUUUUUAUUGUUGAUGAAUUUAUACAAGGAGGUUUAGUAUUUAUAAGGGAUGGAUAUUCAGUGUAAAGGUUUUUACCCAUUUACUUCCACAAUUAUGUGGUUGUUAUACAGUUUAUCAAAGGUUGAGAUUCUGUAGUGAAAGAUAGUUGGUUUAGAAAAUAGUACUUUUAGGCUCAGUAUAUAUAAUAUAUAUACCGUACAUAUAUAUAU